UCGAGCUCCCGUGGGAGGUCUGUGCCACCUUAUGAAAUAAGUUAUCACCAUCGCCAUCAUAAUAAAUAUUUCGCGUUCGGGUGGUCUUGCUCCAGCAUGAGUGUCUACGUGGCUGAGGCGAGUCAGGAAGAGCCAACAUCCCGUGCGACAUCGCCUCAACCGGAACGAGAGCCACCUACGCCGUCGUACUCGAUUUUUCUGCGAAGGGUCAGCAAGCAGGAGGUGUACCAAUGCGUCAACGAUGUGCUCAGCGCUGCGGCCAAGAGGCGCCGCAGAUUUUUGGAGACGGUCGACCUACUGGUCUGGCUCAAGGACUACAACUUCCAGAGGUACAAGCGUCUUAACGGCAUCAUCAGGCUGCCGCACGUUGUAAAGCCCCACUUCCGGGGCUGCAUGAUCGGCUACAAAAUAGAUAGAAAAGAAGCCAGGGCCUGCAACCUGGAUUUCAUGAGUAUUGAGGAAGUCAUGCUGUUGAAGGGGCGACCGACGGCGAUUAAAAAGCUCGCGGCGAGGUACGAUGCCUUCCUGGCCGACGUGACGCUAACGAAUCUACUCAACAAGCUCCUGGCACAAAAUUUCACAAAGCAGAGGAAGUGCAUCACGCCGGUUCCACAGCACGUACCAUUGGACAUGAAGGUGAAGGAGCUCAGGACCAGCACCAGGCUGUGGGUGAGAAGGGAGCAGGCGUUCGGCAUCUCCGUGGGUCACGUGAAGAUGAGCGCUGACGAGCUGACCGAGAACGUCAUGACGACCGUGACCCGAGUCCUGGAGAAACUCAAGAAAGGAUGGGAGCACGUGGAUGCGCUCAGCAUCAAGUCCUCCAUGGGACCACCUUGCAAACUCUACUGAUCGACAUGGGCGUGUCUGUCACGGAGUCGCCCGAGCACGACGCCUUGCUGGCAGCCAUGCAAUAAAGAGUAUUAGACCA